GUCAUGGCUGGUAACAAAAAAUACAAUAGAAUACAAUAAUAUCCGAAUAUAUAAUAUAUUUGUUGUUUUAAAAAAAACGUAACACUGAUUUGCUUAAAAGGAAAUUAUAUAUCACUGCCUAACGCAUAAAAUCCAAUCCGAAGUAUCUAAGAAAUUAUCAUUUCCAACCAUAAUAUGAUAAACCAUUCAGGUGCCCCUAUCAUUGUCUAUCAAUUUAUACAACUAUAUAAUUUGUUAUUAAAUUCAUCAUCGAAAUUUGAGAUGGUACCACUAAAUAAAAUCAUAUUCCCACCAUGGAUGAAAAAUAUCUUGUGACAUAUCUGUAUUGAUCACGGGGUAAUUACCAAAAUUCAUAACACUGGCUUAUCGCAGCGGCAAGUGUUUACCAACAUGCCAAAAGUCAUUAGUCAAUGAAAAACGAAUAAAACAUUUCUUCUAAGUUGAGCAUUACAUUCCUAAUCACCUAUGAUUGUGCCUAACAUUUGAAUAAUCUCAGGAUUAAUUGAAUCUGCUGUCAGUAAAAUAAAAAUGAAAUUUACAAAUAAUUGGAUUAUGAGUAUUAUUUUUGGUUUAAUUAUGAAAGAGCAUUGUUGUGAAAAUAUAUCACAAUCUUCAAAUCAAUACAAUACAACAGUAACUGAAGAAAGUAUCCAAUUAAAUGAAUCAAUUACUACUAUAUCGCCAACAAUUGAGCACGCCUCAUCAUCUGUGAAAUCCUUACCAUCAUUACCGUACUGGAUGUCAAAAACAGAAAAUAUUAAUAAUGAUCUAAUUAAUAUACAGGCAAUUGUUGUUAAAGAUCAAGAUGGUGGACUGCCGUGUAACAAAGGAGAAAGAAAAUCGGAACGAAGGUAUUUGAUGUGUGCAGGAUCAAUUUUAAAUAAAAAUUAUGUUCUAACAUCGACUUCCUGUCUACACGAAGCUCUUCAUAUCAGGCACAAUAUUCGUGGAUCCUUGGCUGUCGCUAUAGCUCCUUUAAAAUCUAGCGUUCAAAUAAUUAGAGUUGUUGAAUACAGAAUUCAUCCGAAACACAAUGCAAACCCUUACACUAUAGACUAUAUAAAGCAUAAUGUUGCUAUUCUGAAACUUGAAUGUACAAUUGAUGUAGAAAAUGACCACAGAGUUGAAUUGCCAAAUCAACCAAUGAUGAAUUUUUGUAAAGAUGAAAAUUGCAAUGUUGCUAUUUACAGAAUAGUGGGAUAUAAUUCCAACGUAUUAUCACAAAGACCUGCACCGGAUGUACAAUCAUUAAUAUCAAGCAAACGCAGAAUUAAACGAUUCAGCGAUGGAUCUCAUUUUUGCGGACAAACUGGAGCUGCUGUGAUGCUUAAUGCAACACAGGUUGCAAUUGUUGCAGUUUCUUGUGAUGAUCGCAAAUGGAAUAGUAAAUGGCUCUACACAGACCUCUAUAUAAAUAAAAACUGGAUCAACAGUAUCCUUCAAAAUUGGAAUAAUCAAUCUGAAUAUCUCCCUAAUAAUUUUACCUAUUCAACGACAACUCAAUCAUCAUUUGGUUCAAUAUCGAAGAAUUGUGAAAACUGUAUUUUCAAUUUUUACAUUUCAAUUGGCUGUAAGGGAAAUAAUAAUUGUCAAAAUAGCAGUCUGAAUGCCCCGGGUAUAAAUAGUCACGUAAAAACUCUUCAAUGGUUAAAAAAUAUGGCCAAGAGAAAGGAAAAAAAACAUUUCUGUAUCAAUAAUUCUCUGAAUUGUUCUUCCAAUUUAUUGGAAAAACUAAUGAAGAACACGGGAAUUCCCGGUUCAGAGAAACCAAUUAAUUCAAUGGACAAAUAUGUCAAAGAAAGGAUACGAGAUUCGGAAAACAAAACAAAUUUUAGUCAUCGCAUUGAUGGACAGGUAAUACAGGAAUUUGGAAGACGUAUCAAACGUGGAUCAAACAUUGGCUUUAUAAAUAAAGACUUUGAUGAUAAUGACGAAAAUAUUAUGAAAAUGCAGGGCUUAAUCGUCAAAGACGAAAAUGCAUCGUCCUGUUGUACAAUUGCUGAACAAGUCAGUAAUCAUCGAUAUUUCAUGUGUAGUGCAGCUAUAUUAACCCUAAAACAUGCAAUUACAACUGCCUCGUGUAUGCAUUUCGCUGAUAUAUACGAACAUCACAUUGAUGCUGAACUAGCACUUAUGAUUGGUGCAACUACUGCACAUGUCUACAUUGUAAAAAUAAAUCGAUACGAAAUGCAUCCAAAUUAUGUCAUCGAUGUUGAAGCAAAAGGCCAUUCAACUCAUAAUCUUGCAAUUCUAUUUCUAGCUUGCAGUAUCAACUUCGAUGCCGCAAUAAUUCCUAAAAUGCCCAAAGGAAUCAACGAUGACAUUGCUCAUAUGUGCUGUAGUAGAAAUUGCAGUGUUAUCACAAUCAUUCAAAGUUACGAUAACCAUCAACUGGCGAAAAAAUUACGAGCAAAAAAUAUUCCUUCCCCAAAACAUAAUGAUGACCAUAUUAUAAUGGAAAAUUCAAUACAAUCAAAUAUAGCACGAAAGACCAUUUUUAAAAUACCAAUUAUAUAUCCAUCAAUGCGUGAAAGAAGAAGCCUAGGAAAAUUGGCUGCUGCACCUUUACUAUUCUUUGAAGAUGAAUUAAUGUCCGUGAAGAGUGAAAUAGAAAAUAAUUCUAAAGAUGUUACCAAAAGUUCGAAAAAGAUUGAAGAAAAUGCUAAAAAAUUAUUUCCCAAUCAAUACCAAAAUGCAAGUAUUAUUGCAAAAAUAUUGACUGGACGGAUUUUUCGAAAGGUAAAUGGCAGACGAUCUCUAUCAAAUAGUUUGAUGAUCGAUGAAGCUAUUAAUUCUGUCGAUUGGAAUAACAUAGAGGAAGCAAUGGAAAGAAAAAUAUCAACUAUAAAUAAAUCAAUAAUAAAUAAAUUCAUUGAAAAUAUUGUUAAAGAAACAAUGAAGAGAAUUAUAGGUGUUUUUGAUGUGAACGGACAAUUUAUCGGCAUCAUAAAUUCCACCGAUGCGAGUGCUGUUAAGAAAAGUAAUUUUUUUACGACGCUACUCUUCAACUCAUCAGCCAAUAGAAGUAUCGAUGAUUUUUCCCAGGCUCUCAUCAGGAUUAUUACACAUUUAAUGCCACCAAAUAAUGAAAUGAAAUUAGGUUUAUCAUCAGAGGUAUCUAUAGAUGAAAGAGACGUAGGAAAACCACCACCUAAAUAUGUUGAAUGUCCACCACUUGGAACCCCAGUUAUCAUAAAUGGAACUUUGAUUGGAAUGAUUGCCUACACAUGUGAUGAUAUCCAAAAUUGGGUGAAAUGGAAAUACGUAAGCAUUUCGAAUAAUCUAAUAUGGCUACGAAAACGACUAACUGCAUCCCAACAUCAAUCUGUGAGAAUUUGUGACGAUAUUGAUCGCAAUCAAGAUCUAAUGAAUAAUAAAUCUGAUACGAUGGGUCUCUGAAUGGAUAUGCACCCCCAUCAAAGGUUUCCAUCAACAUGAGAAUAAACAAAAAUUGUUAAGAGAUUACAUAAAGUAAAAUUGAA